GCGGGUCUCCCUGGACCCCGGCCACCGCGAGUGCUGGCUGGUCAGAACCGCCGCUGCGCUCGCCCGGAGUCGACCGGCGGUUUGCGCACGCGCAGAGGAUGGGGGCAGGGGACCGGCUCGCGGGCGCGACGGUUUCUCACGUUGCCGUGGAAACCACCCGCCAGCCUGGCUCCAGAGGGAAAGACGUGUUUGUCCAAAAUGGCGAAGGACCUGGACGAGCUUCUGGAUGAAGUCGAGACCAAGUUCUGCAGACUCGACCCCUUGAGGCUGGACCUGGGUGAGCGGCCCAAAAGCGGCGGCGGCGGCGGCGGCACGCACAGCGGCGACCGGAACGGAGCCCAGGAGAAAGACGCUCUCAGAUCAACAGAAACAUUUAAAAAGGAAGAUGAUCUCGACAGUCUUAUUAAUGAAAUAUUUGAGGAGCCUAACUUUGACAAAAAAUCUUUUCAAAAAUUUAAAUCUAAAUCUUCAAGUAACACAUCUGUCAGAGCUCCCAUUCAAGGCCUCAGUAAAAGUUGCAGUCCAGUGUAUCUCAGUGGAAGCGCCAUUCCAUGUGGGAUUGGAACAAAUACUUCACAGAGCAGAGCAUGUGACCGACUGCGUUGUGUAGCCUGUGACUUCCGGAUAGUGAGCUACAAUGACUAUAUGUGGGACAAGUCAUGUGAUUACCUGUUCUUCAGAAACAACAUGCCAGAAUUCCACAAACUCAAAACAAAGUUGAUCGAGAAGAAGGGAGCACGGGCAUAUGCCUGCCAGUGUAGCUGGAGAACUGUGGAAGAGCUCACUGACCUGCAGGCAGACCAUGAGCUCCGCUGGGUCUGUGGUAAACACUGAAUGCAGACCAUUCACGUUCCAAUAGCAGCACCGGGAAGAACACGUUCCACGCACCAAACUUGGGCACCAGUACACGGCAGUAUUGUGCCCUUUGGGAAGAGGCAACAAGUUUUGUGUAACUUCACACACUUUUGAAGACCAAAUGGACUGGGAAAGACAUGUACUGUGACACCUUGGCAUUCUUCCUUUCGACAUGGACGUUUUACUUAGAAGGUUAAAAUAUCUGUGUUCACCAGCCUGUCUCCUUUUAAGGAUUGAAACUUUGACAUUUCGUGCAAAUUUACAGCUUUCCCGCAGCAACUGCCAUACUGACUGCUAAUGCACUCCAUACGGUCCUCGUGUAUCAUUGUCAUUAAAGAGGGCAGAGGGGUCAUUGUGUAUGAGUGUUCAUGGCUCUUCCUGUUCUGAUCCAUCAUUAUCAGAGACCAUAAGGUGGACAUGACAAAAAAGCAGAUGACAUUAGUUACUGACGGGUUGUCAAGAGUGCAGGGAACAUUGUAACCCUUUCUCACAUAUAUCUCUUCUUGCCUCACCAACUCAACUCAGUAUUGUGUGUAAUAGUAAUAAUGAUGUUCCCGUUUUAGCACAUUUCCCUCCUUUGCUCAUCAAAAUAUCAAAAGUUGUUAGUUUUCUAUUAGCCAACGUCUGUUUAUAAAAGAUUUUUGAUGCCACUGAAGUCACUAAAAUCUUACAGAUAAGUCACUGCGGGCUUUUCAAGUAUCCUCUGCAGCUCUACGAGAGCAGCAGUACGAUGGCUUUCAGAUGACCUGCAGACUUCCUAAUAGUAUCCGGUCGGUCCAUUCUUUAUUGAAAUAUAGAGAACAAAUGGGUAGGCAUUGGGCUCCCAUGAUAUCACUGAGAUGGGAGGAACCGUAUCAUAGUAACAUGCAUUACCUCAGUUUAUGUCCCAGCCCCAUGUGUGCCUGCUUCCUGAGUGCGUGUUAGUGUGGGACACAGGGCACUCUGAAAGGAUGCACAUUUUAGUGCAGAUAUGAUCUGACUGGUUUUCUCUUAACUCCAUUCUCACCACCAACCAAAGCCUCUGAUGGCUGAAGGUUUCCUCCUAGGCUCGGGGUCUCGCUCAGCAAUAGCGCGUGCAUUGCGUGCACGAGGCCCUCAGUUUAUUUCUGUAGACAAAAGAAGACAAAGAGGCAAGCUUUUCCCGACUGUGACACAUCUGUGUACUGAAAAACCUUUAAUUGCAGCAAAAGAGAUCUCAAAGUAGCUGAUGCUCUAAUUUUUGUAUGUAGAUAGAUUUACAAGUUUUCUUUCAAUAAACCUAUUUACUCCUCAAAA